GUAUAACAAGUAUGUCUGUGGGGUGCAGACGUCGCUCCGGUGUACGGCACGCGUGCGAUCUUUCGACAUCAAAUGUAUAAACGUUAAAUAACAUUAUGCGUUCCUCACUCCAUUAUAUUCAAUAUAAUGACAUCAAAUACAAUAGAGAAUAGCAGGGCUGUAUUAUAAAUAAAUAUAAGAAUAGUGAAACCGAACGUGAAGUGAAUUCUACCGACUUGUAUUAUAAAGUGAUUUGCAUUUUAACAUUUUUGUAGAACGUGAUAGGUACGUUACUAAAGUUAAUGAUCAUUUUAUAUUCGUGAUUGUUAUUUGUUAAAUACAGUGUUAGUUACAAACACGACGAACGUCAGUUAUUUCGCACGGAUGUUAUUCUACUUUGCCUCAGUUCAUACAUCAUCAACGUAUAAGAGAGACAAAUACCAACUUGUUGAACACCAGGGCAAGUUUCACAAUGGAUGCAAUUUGUAUGAGCGGUGACCGUUUGUGUCACGUCCACGCUCUGGCCGCGGCGUUACACUCGCUGAUCCUGUACUGCACAGUCAUCUCCGCCGCCUUAAUAUGUUGCUGUUCAACGUCACGAUCAAACUGGUCGGGGACUCAUUGGAGAUAUCAAAAUGUUAGAGGCAUAGCGAGUCUUACGUUGGGUGUGAUCUGGUGUUGCGGAGGAGCUGCUGCGUCAUUGAGACCUGCUGAUACAGUGAGCCUUGUAGCAGCCCUGAUGCCACCACUGGCUUGGCUCUCAGCCGCGGCGCUGCACGUGUCACUGUGGACUAGGCGCUCCUCAGCACCGAUACUUUAUUUAGCAAUCUAUUGGUUGCUAUCCGCAGCGUCAUCUGCCUCAGUUUUAUAUCAACUGGUUCAAGUUGAAAAUACUUCCAAAAAUAUAGAAUUCUAUAUACAUGGUACUGCUAUGUUAUUAACAUCGAUAAUAGCUCUCAUAGACUGUAUCUGUUUCUAUGACGAGGUAGUCAAAAGAUAUCAUUGCAGUCCAAAAUCGACUACGGAACCUGACACCGCAAUAUAUAAUUAUAAGCAAACACAUUUUUAUUCAAAAGUAACAUUUUUCUGGUUGAACUUAUUUAUGUGUAAGGGCUAUUAUGUACCAGAGGCUACAAAUGACAUUGGUGAAAUACCUGACGACGAACGCUCUAAAGUACAUUUUAAUAAAUUUAAAAAAUAUUACAAACAACAGAAGAUGUCACCAGAUAAAACAACGGGUUUUAACAUUUGGAAAUGUUACGCUCGCAUGGUUUGGCCGAAUUUUUAUAUCGCUGGUAUUUUAAAGUUGUUCGGAGAUAUUACAGGCAUUGUACCAGCAAUAGGAAUAGCUGUUAUAAUUCAAUACAUAGAAAACCCAAAUACAUCGUACAACAUUAAUACGCAUGUCACUGUUGACGAAUUUACUUCAAAUGGAUUCGUCAUGCUACUAAUUAUAUUGUUAGCACUAAUUGUGCAGGCUUUAUUAUCACAGAAUUCGACUCAUUUGGUUACCGUAGAAGGUACCCGACUAAAGAUGGCAUUACAAAGCGUAAUCUAUGACAAAUGCAUGAAAUUAGCGUCAUGGUCAGUGAAUCCCGAAGUGGAAGAAGAGACUCCGUUGUUGCAUAACCCCGAGCAGGAAGCCAACACACAGUCGGGGCUCCUGAUGAAUUUAAUAUCACAAGACACUUAUAAUAUAAUGUCGUGUGUGUGGAUUUGCCACUACAUAUGGUCUAUACCUUUAAAGGUAUCAGUGAUACUGUACCUUCUCUACGCUCGUUUAGGACUGAGUGCCAUUAUAGGUACCGCUUGCAGUUUAUUGAUAGUAACGCCCUUACAAUUUUAUAUCGGGAAGAAAAUUGCUUGUAAUUCAAGAAAUAUAUCGAAAUGCACAGAUCACAGAGUUUCAAAAAUAUCUGAAAUUUUACAAGGAAUUAAUGUUAUAAAACUAUAUGUUUGGGAGGAUUUAUUUAAUGAAAAAAUACUACAGUUCCGAGAAGUAGAGUUGAAACUCCUUAAUAAAGAUUCUGUAUAUUGGGGUUUUUUAACCUUCACGACACAAAUCUCUGCUGUCCUAGUAACCGUUGUAACUUUUACGACCCACUACAUCCUUGAGGACAGCAGCACAUUAACAGCCACGAAAGUAUUUUCUGGUUUAGUGCUAUUCAACCAAUUGACGAUACCACUUCUAAUUUUACCCGUUACUAUAUUAAUGAUGAUCCAAGCGAUGGUCAGCACAAACAGAAUCAAAGACUUCUUGGAACUUCCGGAGGCUUUUAAUGUACCCGAUGAUAACAUUCAUAGUGAUUCAUAUAAUAUAGACUCGGAAAAAACCACUGACGACUUUUUAGAUAAUCCUCUAUCUGAGAGAGAUGAAUUUGAAGACGAAGAGGCUGACAGAAGUAAAGAAAAUAAAGAAGCAAUUCAGAGCGAAGACGUGUUAAUCUCUUUUAAAAAUGCAGCUUUUUCUUGGAGGAUGAAAGAUAAUGCCUGGCUAGAAAUAGAUGAAUUGGACAUUCCAGCGGGAAAAUUAAUCAUGGUUGUCGGAUCAUCUGGUUCGGGUAAAUCAUCGCUGCUUUCAGCAAUCUUGGGAGAGAUGUAUCGAGAACGUGGAGACGUUAAAAUAAGCGAAAAAUGUUCAAUGUGGUAUUCUGGUCAGCCGCCUUGGCUUCUGGAAGGUUCUAUACGAGACAACGUGUUGAUGGGCGGUACAUGGAGCGCGAUCAGAUACAACCGGGUGAUGCGCGCCACUGGUUUGCGGCCAGAUCUGCAACUUUUACCUGAUGGUGAUAACACACAAUUAGGUAUCUCAGGUGCGCCUCUGUCGGGCGGACAACGCGUGCGGCUGAGUGUAGCCCGCGCACUGUAUUCUCGCUCGCGUCUCAUCGUAUUAGACGAACCUUUGGGAGCCUUGGACGUACCUCUGGCCCGCCAUUUAGUAGCGAGGGCACUGCUUCCAGCCGCGCGGGCCGGUCGGACGAUCAUACUGGCUACCAAUAGACUUGAGCUGCUCCACUACGCAGAUUUAGUAAUCGCAAUGGAGGACGGACGUGUCAGUGUGUGUGGUCGUGUGAGCUCGACGUGUAACGGUUCUAUCAAGCAGUGGGCUCAGCUGGCGGCGGAGGCUCGGGAGUCGGCGUCGCGGGGAAGUCAGGGGCCCACUGGCGGAGCCGCAAGAGAACGAUCACAUUUAAUACGCGCCAUUAGCCGAACGCAAUUUCAGAUGCAUAUAUCGGAGGAAUCCCUGCCGCAAGUGGGAAUCAACGAGGUGGCGGGCGCACAUCUAUUGGCGGAAGUCCCCACAUGUGCCGGCGGAAGCUGGAGAAACACGAUGAGUCGAAUAAGACCUCCUUUACCGCGCCAGUUUUCCACGCCAUCCCCAGAUAUGCCUCGCGCUAAAUGGCUACGAGAAGUAAGACGUGCCGCGAGCGUGGACGCCUCGAAUGAGGCUUUGCAGCAUGAAGCAAAUUUGAUAAGACGCGUACUACCCAGUCGCCCUUACAGGACACUUUACAGCAGAUGGACUCCGUGGCGUUUACGUCACUUCCUGAGUUCCGACUCGGAUAAGGAAAUACAACAUAGUCGUCAGAACUCCAACAACGGCCCCGUGGAGGUCCCCGACUUGACGUUGACUUCGGUAACUCGUAAUGGCAUUGAGACAUCCGUGACCAUUCCAGAUCUCCCGCUUACUAAUGAAGAACAAGAACCUGUUCUACGCGAGUCCGCAGCGUGGUGGCAGUACUGCCGCGCGUGUGGCUGGUGGGGCGCCGCGUACCUGGCAGCGGCGACUUUGACUCAGGGCUUAGCGAUGACUGCCGACUGGUGGCUGACUCGACUCACAGAUUCUAACAACCGAGACCCUCUAUCCGACAAUCAGAUUUGGGAUAUGAUCCUCAGUUAUUCUCUGUGGUGUGCGGGCGGCGUCUUGCUAGCAGGGUGUGCCCAGGUUGCCUGCGCCUGUGCAGGAGCCAAGUCGCGUCGCAGGCUUCACGAGAGACUUCUUCACGCCACAUUACACGCUCCGCUGUACUAUCACCACACACACCCCGCUGGAGACGCCUUACACCGUUUCUCCUCUGACACUCUAGUUAUUGACAAGAAACUGUCGACGGCUGUUAGUAGAUGGGUGCAGAUAGCGCUGCUCUGUGGAGGGGCGGUGCUAAUCAACGUGUUCGUAUCAGCCUGGACGUUGUUCGCUUUAAUUCCCGCUCUUCUAUUUUAUAUGACUUUACAGUCUGUUUAUUUACGAAACGCCAGAGAGUUGCAGCACAUAGAGGCGUCAAGUGCUGGUCGAGCGAUCUCCCUGGCGGUGGAGACGCUGGGCGGUGCGGGCGCCGUGCGAGCAGCGCGACUACAACACAACAUGAGGGAAGCCUUCCACACACGACUAGAUCGGAACCACAACGCCCUACUGCUGCUAAAUUCCGCCAAUAGAUGGUUAAGCCUGUCCCUGGACUUAGUGGGCGCGGCAAGCGUAUUUGUAUCGUUAGCGGUGGCUCUGUACAGCGGCAAAAAUGGAGCUCUGACUGGGUUAGCGGGGACGUACUCGCUCCUACUGCCCGUGUACCUCGCACACCUCGCCAAGUGUCGCGCUGACCUGGACCUGCAUCUAGCAUCCGUACAGAGACUCCUCAACAAUACGAAUAUACCACAAGAAGAUUAUAGAGAUGACUGUCCAAUACCUGCCGGCUGGCAGAGAAAUGGAAAGAUUGAAUUUGAAGACGUCAGUGUACAGCAUCAACCGAAUAGACCUCCAGUGCUUAAAAAUAUUAAUUUCACUAUAAAUCCUGGACAAAAGGUCGCCAUUUGCGGAAGGAGCGGAAGCGGCAAGUCAACGUUACUUCUAACUUGUGCAGGAGCCACAAGAAUAUGUGGUGGUCGAGUGUUGCUUGACGGCAGGGAUGUAACAAAGGUCCCGCUUCGAGCCUUACGACACAGAGUGGUGGUCUUGCCACAAGAAGCUAUUUUGUUUUCGGGUACUCUGAGAGAGAACCUAGAUCCUCUCGGAAUGCACACAGAUGAAGAGAUUUGGGAGAGUUUAAAAGCCGUUGGACUCUAUGACUACAUAUCAGCUCAACCCGCUGGUUUAGAGUGCGGUGUGUGCGGUUGGCGCGGCUCGUGGGGCGGAGGUCGCGGGGCGCGGGUGUGCGGGGCGCGGGCGGCGCUCCACGCUCGCCUCGCAGCCGCGCUGUUGCUGGACGAGCCGGGCGCCGCGCUGGAGGCGACGGCCGAGCGCACUCUCCUACACGCUAUAGCCGCCAUCGCUCCAAACACUACAGUCCUUACUGUGGCCCAUCGCGUGUCCUCUGUACGUGACUACGACACCGCGGCCGUUCUUCAAGACGGAUGUCUGUGCGAGCGCGGGAGGGUCAUCGAUCUGCUGGAGACACCCGCUUCUGCACUCGCCAGGCUACACUCCUCUGAACAUAGACUAAUACACCUUUAUUAAAUCAUCGAAGACGCAUAAUAUUUCAAUUUGCCUAAAAUGUAUUUAAUCGAACGAAACUUUGAGACGAAAAUGUAAGAUUGGUUGGUAGUUUUAAAUACGGCCUUCAUCCGUGCAAAGACGGCACAGAAUAUUCCACCAGUGUCGUGAAAAUGUAAAAUUAUUAAUAUAUAUUUUUUUGACAUGGUUUUAAAUGACGUAACUAAUUGUCAAAUAUUAUUAAUAUUUAUAUAUGUAUAUAUAUAUAUUUAUAUACAAAAUAUAGUUUCAAAACCAUGGAAAUUUUUCUUAUAAACUGUACUUAGUAGCUUUCGAUACUACUGCCAUAACAUUUAUAUGUACAUGUUUUAAUGAGUGUUACUAUUGUAACGUAGUAACUGACAGAAGUAACGCUUUAACGUAACAUUAAAGAGCUAAGACUGAAUACAUUAUGACGCAACGCAUGUAGAUCUUGAAAGACUGUCCAACUGACUUUUCUCUGUAGAAAAAUACGUAUGUAAUUAUGAUGCACAAAAAAUAAAAUAAUACAACACA